AUGGUUAUGAUUUUUGUAUCCAGCCAUGCACCCGGGCCCAACUAUCAAGGCUGCAUUGUUUUAUCUGAUGAGCCAGAAUUCGACAUUCAGAGAGAACUGAUGUCUCUCAGAAAUUGCAUGGAUAAAAUCGCAAGCGCCAGUGGAAGUCCAAAGAUUCCACUAGUCGUCUUUUCUCAGUGCUGCUACGGAAGCGAUGCUAUUCCCAAUCGGCUUUCGAAUACAAUCACGUCCUUUGCUACCGUAUCUGGGGAAGUCGCAGUUCGGAAUUAUGGAAAUAUGAUGGUCCCAUAUGUGGAGAUUCUCAACCGGGCGCUGAACAAGUACGGGGCUAAUUGUGACCUCUACGAGAUUUUGCUCUAUGUCCAGCGCUACAUAGAAAAUGAGAAAAUACCGAUCGGACCAGCUGGGCAAUACAUGAAAGGAUCACACCAACAGACGUUAACCAAAAAGCUCUAUUUCUUUAGAGAGAAUACCGGUGAACCUAACCAACUUCAGCGAGUCCGCUCCGUCUAUAGAAACAUCUCUGUGCCAGGCGUCUAUCCUGGUAGUUACUAG